AUGGCUUUAGAAAAUUUGGAGGGCGCAAGAAAUGCCUUAAUUAAAUGGAAUGACCCGGCAAUGGCUGCUUUUUUUAUUGAUAAAUGUUUUGAAUCUGUUGGGGAAAUUGCUGGUUUUAUUGUGCCGGAACAAGUUUUGGACAGCAUUUUUAGUCAAUUUUGUAUAGGAAAAUAAUUUGUUAAAAAUACAUAUCUU